GUCAGAAAACAAACUUCUUGAAGUGUCGCAAUGUUUGGUGAUGGUAUGGAUAUGGAGUCUUCUUCUGGAUCAACGCAACGGAAAAAGAAAGAUUCGUUUCAGAGAGAACUACAAAAGAAGCUUAAAGAUAGACGAAGCCGUGGUUUGUCUGCAGACAUAACCUCUCCUGAGGAAGAAAGUGAUUUGAGUGCUGAAGAUGACUUCCUGUCGCAAUUCAUGACCCCAAAGAAAAGGGAUGAUCGCCCAAGAUCUGCUACUCGUCGUAACCCACCUUCUUUCUUGAAAAGUCAGCGAGGCUCUGACUGGACACCUGGUUUGGGCGACACCCUGCGUCCUGGAGCUGCAGGGGACAUGUUUGGGCGUAGGACCCUUUAUGAUGAUGAUGACGAUGAUGAUGAUGAUGAUAGUGAGAUGACACUUACAUUUGGCCCAUCUAAGAAAAGUCCCAGAGGCCUAGAUGGAGGAAAACAUAAACAGCAGCAGGGAGAGAAGUUAUCAAAGGAGGACAUCAUAUUUGGACGAAAGAGCUCUUCACCAAGAGACUCCAAAUUGCCACAGCAAGGUUCGAAGGAGGAGAAGGGAAUGUGGCAGCCCCCAAAUUUCCAGAAGACUCAACAGACUGAAUCCGACCACAGUAACCGAUCCACCUCACCAGGAAGCUCUAAAGGCCGCUUCACCCCUUCCCUAGAGCCCAUGCUGGAGCCCAUCACAGAGACACCCACCCCUCGUUCUCGUCGCCUGAGUCAGGCUAGUGAGAAGACCAAGUCGCAGGACAGUGGCAAGGAGGACUCCCCCAGACCCAAGCCCAAACCUCGUGGGAAAACAGAGAAGGACAGUACCUCUGAGCGGAGAACACCAAUAUCAGAGCUGUUUGGCAAGGGAUCUAAAUCAUCAGAUUCGUCAGCUGGAAGAAAGACACCAACAACAGAUAUUUUUGGGAAAUCUGGACGACCUUCGGCCUUGGAUUUCCUUGAAGAUGAUACAACUGAGGAGAAGCCCACAGUGACACCUCGACGAAGAGCCAGUAAACCUGAGGUGAAGAGCAGAACUAAAUCACCCAGUCCUGGUGGAAGGAAAACACCUGUCAAGGAUAAAACAUUGAAAAAACAAUCCUCAGGUAAAACUUCUCCGUCUGAGCAAAAGAAAGAGGAUGAUGUUGGCAGUCGGAGGGCAUCCGUGUUAGAUUUCCUGACAGAGGAUACAAAACCAAAGAAGCAGCCACGGAAAUCUAGCUUAAAAAGGACAGACUCAAGGGAUUCCAUUACAAAUGAACUGGAAAGCCCUGAAAGCAAAAAGAAAUCUUCUGAGCAUCGCAGUCGGUCUCAGAGUCGGGGAACUCCCAAGUUAGAACGUGAAGCAAGUGCCAGUUCUAUCUGUGAAGAAAUCCAAACAGAACCACUGCAGCCGACAGAUAAUGAAAACCAGCAGCAGGUCAUAACCAAAGGAUCUGGUAAACAACAGUCUGCCAAGCAGCGGGCUGAUGAUGCCAUCAACUUCGUGGCAAAUGCUCAGGAUGACAAGACCAUGCAGUUUAUUGAACCUGACAAAGAAGAUAAAGAUAAGAACAAGAAGAUGGAAAGAAAACAAACGAAACAGCACCCUAAGCCUAGAUACGCCUCAAAACCUGGAGAGGAAAGUCCCACAUCGACAGCCUCAUUUGAUGACACCAUGUCCAUCCGUAAUGCCAUAUAUGCUGAAUGGUAUAAGGAGCGAACAAGGAAAGCCAAGGAAGCACUCAAAGAAAAGAAAAAGCAAGAAGCGGUGGAGGAAGAGAAAAAAAGGAAGGAAGCAGAAGAUAAAAAGCUAGAGAACAAAGCCUCGUACAAUGCAUGGAUGGAAAAGAAGGUUCCAGUGUGUAAGGAGAAAAUUAAGCAGAAAAAGGAGGAAGAAAAGAAGAAAGAGGAGGAAAUCAGAGAAAAGGAAAGGAAAAAGAAAGAAGCAGAGAAGACAUUUCAAAUCUGGAAGGAGAGAAAAGAUUCCUUGAUAAAGACCAAAGUUCACAAGGAGAUUAAUCUGGAGAAGACUAAGAAAAGAGAGGUUACCGAGGUCAAACGGCAGAAAGAGAAACAAAAUGAGUCUGCCUACAAGUCCUGGAAAGAGAGGAAGGACAGGGUGAUCCAUUCUAAGGUGAAGGAAGAGAAGUCCAAGGAAAGGGAGGAAACUGAGAAGGAACGGGAAAUAAGGAAGAAGAAGGAACGUGACGCUGAGAGACUGUACGAAGAGUGGAUGAGGAAAAAGGAUGAGCAAGAGAAGUCUGAGAAGAGGCGUGAGCGACAACGUAGGAUUGAGCAAGAGGGCGAGUUUCAGCCAGCAUGGAGUCCUGCCAAUCGCACUAUUCCUUUUGGACGCUGAAAAUCCAGUAUCCUGCCUGGGGAACAUUUCAAAAAAGCUGUGGAUCGGUGGUCUAAUCAAGUGGUAAAAACCUGGAGCAGUACUGGCCGUGAAGUCCUAAGUAUCUUGUCUGUCACACUUUUGUUUCCUGGUGACCGACAAGCCUAUAUCUGUGUCAUUUGUAAUGCCAGUACCUUAGGAUGUCAACAUAAGUGAAUCAGUUGGUUGUCCAAUUGUUUGUUGUAGCUGACUUCCAGGACCUUGCCAGUAGCAGAGUAAACACUUCAUCGAGUCAACAAAAACACUGGGACUGAUUCCACUAAGCCAGUUUUAACUUAAGUCAAAACUUAAAAUUCAAAGCGAUGCUUAUUUUUGGAUGCUAAAUGUCAAAGUUUGAACUUUUUAGGAUGUCAACUACACUGUAUUGUAAAAUUAUACUGUUCAAAAAUCGCUUUGUGGAAUCGGCUUCUGGUCCAGACUGUAGAACAAUUUUCUUUGAUGACUAUACUUGUGGCCUUGACUACUUUAAGUUGCCACUUCUCAACAGGGAUAGUUUAGUCUACGGGUUUAUCCUACAGAUCUGGAUUACCAUUUUUUUUAAGGAAAAGAAAUUUGAAUUUGAGUUGUGGCUAAUCGUACAGAUUUCCUGUGAUCCUUGUGUUGUAGGCCAAAUAAACUCAACUUUAAUGGUCAUGUAGUUAAAUGUAUGUCUAUCUCUCUGCACAUCUGUGUGUAUUGAUAGUGUAUGUGAUAGGUAUAUUGUCCCCUUAAAUACUUUGUCUUGAGUUAAAUUAAUCUGCUUCAGUAAUUCAGUAAUGAGACAUCAAAUUCAGUCAGAUUUCUGCCUGGAUCUAGUGUUUUGCAGCGAAAUUAGCUGCUGAUGCAUAUCCCUGUUGUGGUCAGAGCAAGAUUAUAGGAUGAGUCCUCAAUGAGAGCUAAUCACUACCUCAUAAUCAUUACUGAUUUUAUUUUUUCUUUUCUCCAAAAUAAUUUGCGAGAAAAAAACUCCAAUAAUUACAGAGUUAAAGAAGCAUAUUCUUCCUGCUUUUGUCAUUCUAGUAUACAUGUGCAUGCGUGCAUGUUCUUUAUGCUCAAUACUAGAUGAAUCAUUAUGUUCAGGCAGGUGUAUUUUUAACAAAUGUAUAUAAUGUAUAUUUUAGAACAAGAAAUGUUAAGACUAUUUUAGAAUAAAAAGCUCUUUACAAAUAAUGUGAAGCUGCACAGUUUGUGGAUCUGUACUGUCAUGAGUCAUUUGUGACUUUAGGUGCUUUUAUGUAUACUGUCAGUCUUUGGAAGUGUUUUAUCAGAGCUAAGCAACAUUUGCAUGCUUGUCUUUUAUUGUAAACUUUCUGUGAUAUUUAUUACUGUCAGUUAUUAGAUGAUUGCUUAUGGUACAUGAAUAUUGUACAUCAGUUACCAGUGCUACCUAAAUACAUACAUUCUGAUAUAAGUAUCAGAGUGGAAGAGAAGCUGAGGUUCACUGCUACAACAGCAUGUUUUGACAUAUAGCAAGGCUAUCCGUCCUACCUUUAUUGGCUUGUCAUAAACAUAGAUAUAGUUGAUAUAGUAAUAUAGAUGCCAGGGCAAUCUUAUCAUUGCACGAGUAAUAAGGAUGUGAAGGCAGGUCCAAACUGCUUGGUAAAGAUGAUUGACUUUGAAUCAUAAAACACACAAGGUUAUAGUUCUUUUUCAGCCUCAGACAGUGUAUGUUUGAGAUUCCCCCAGCACUGAGUGGUGAUAGUAAUAUAAAUCUGUGAGCAGCACUUAAUGCUGCUAAAGUGGUCUAACAUAAAAUCUACAGGUCACCCACGGUCACUUGCCUUCCUCCAAAGUGAUUAGGUGAGUGACUUUACCAAGUCUGAUGGUUUAUAUAAGGAACUCCAUCCAUAAGAAAGUAUCCACCGCAAAGAAACUAACCUACAGAGUAUAGGUGAAAUACAGUGGAGGAGUAUGGCAUUCAGUCAGUCAAUCAAUAAGGAUAUCUAUUACAUAUCAUAUUAUUUUCAUGCUGUUGUUAAUAUUUUACAAUUGUUCUGGUUGCAUUUUUUCAAAUCCCUUUCCCAUUUAUUUGUUUCAUUCCAAAUCUUGGAUCAGUACUAUCUGAUUUCCCUAUGAUGCCGUCCAGGUGGUAAAAUGAGUGAGAAGCAGACACAAAUGAAGUACAGUAUGUCGGUUGAUAAGGCAGUAAUUUAAAGGCUUGAAAAUGUUUUACCAGUCCAUUUUCUUUGAAUCUCAGAGCCCAUUAUGUGUAUGUUUUUUACAUACAUGUACAUGUAAAUUACAGCUUAAUCUGCAUUACAUUUAUAAUGUAGGAAUCCUGUUUAGGAUCAGAUAGCAUUUUUAGUUACUGUUAAACAUUUAUUUUUAAUUAUAUUAGGCAGACAUGUCAAGUUUAAUGACCCUUGGUAUAACUUGUUAUAUACCAAUGUAUAAUACCCAGGCUACCUGGGUAUUACAUUUAGGUAUUACUUGGUUAGCAUUUAGUUAUCCAUCUUUGAUUAUCUCAAUAAACAUUCAGUCCUCU